AUGACUAAAAUGGGGUCUAACCACCCCCAAAUUAGAGGUCCAGAGGGUCUGAGAAGCGCCAUUCAUGCCGUUUACGCUGGCGAUGGCUUCGGAUUGAGUCGAGUAUACUAUGAUUGCCGUGGUUGGCGCCGACAGCAGGACGAAGCAGUGUUGUAUGCUAUCGAACUCUCGAAAAGCGGGACCAUAGCCCAGCAUCCUUCCUCUUCUUAUCCUACUACGACGGCGGGCAACGGUUCUCUUGAUGCCGUCUCGGCUUCUGGCGACGCUAUGUAUAGCGGGGCUUUUUGUCUCUUGGUUAUCUGCUACUGGCUCCGUAGAUACCAGAUCGUAUCUCGACUACCGGCGUCCUUCUGCUUGGGUUGGGAUCCGUCGACAACUUAUCGUUCGCCCAUGUCUUCCUACUUUGAGAUCCCCGAGCGCUUAGUCGGCCAACCCCUAUCUCCUUAUUCUUUAGCUUCUGACGAUUCUACCAUGCCUGACGAGGAAACUACCGCUCCUCUUGAAUCCAACCCUGCAAUCAAGGUUGAAGAAGCCGAAAGUCCUGCGCCUGAUUCCCCUGUAGAUACCCGUAGAAGAGUCGAGGACCACGUUGUGGAACUGCUCAAGCUAAUGAGUGAAGAGCUUGGAGGGGAUAAAUAUUAA